UGGAGAAAACACGUCGUCUUGGAGAGAGGGAGAAGUGGAAGACACGCUGCUGAGGGAGGGAAAACGGUCAGAGACACUGGGGUUUAUCAUACACGCCGAAAUAAGGAGCUCAGUGCCGCAGACGAAACCAAGCAGCCUAGUGACGAAGUGCUCUUUUAGCCACAACUUUUGAAAGGAAUAGUUGACUUAAAAUCGAUGUAUCUUUGACUUCUUUUUGCGUUGGUGUUCCUCAAGUGUGCUUUUGGACCGUGCGUAAUUUGGACAAUAUUGCCAACACUCCACCAGUAUGCGCGUCUGUCCUCUGCUGGCCUUCUUCUCUCUCCUGUGCGCAGGACGCACUCAGAAGUUCUCUGCUCUCACGUUUCUGCGGGUGGAUCAGGAUAAGGAGUGCAACAUGGAAUGUAGCGGAUCUCCUCGCAAACCCCUGUGUGCCUCAGAUGGCAGGACCUUCACAUCUCGCUGCGAGUUCCUUCGAGCCAAGUGCCGCGACCCCCAGCUGGAGGUCAUCCGAGGGCCAUGCAAAGAUACGUCCAGAUGCGUAGCAGAGAAGAAGUACACUGAGCAGCAGGCCAAGAAGCUCUUCCCUCAGGUCUUUGUGCCUGUCUGCAACCCUGAUGGCACAUAUAGUGAGGUUCAAUGUCAUAGCUACACUGGAUACUGUUGGUGUGUCACCCCCAAUGGCCGACCUAUCAGUGGCUCAGCAGUGGCUAAUAAAAAACCUCGAUGUCAAGGAUCAAAACAAGAGAGGGCGACCACAAGAGAGCCAGGAAAAGAUGAAACUGGCCUAGUGGUGGAUCCACAGCCCCCUGCAGAUGAAGAAGACAUCAUUUCCCAAUACCCCACUCUGUGGACGGAGCAGGUCCGAAGCCGACAGAACAAUAGAACCAGAGCUCCAUCCUCAUCAUGUGACCAGGAACAACAGUCUGCUCAAGAGGAAGCGAGGCAGCACAAGAACGAUGCUGUAUUUGUUCCGGACUGCGCCCAAGGCGGACUGUACAAGCCAGUCCAGUGCCACCCCUCCACAGGUUACUGCUGGUGCGUCCUGGUGGACACGGGACGACCCAUACCCGGGACCUCCACCAGGUAUGAGCAGCCAAAGUGUGAUGGCAACGCCAGGGCCCAUCCAACAAAACCAAAGGACCAUUACCGAAGCAGACAUCUUCAAGGCUGUCCUGGCGCAAAGAAAACAGAGUUCCUGACAAGUGUUCUUGAUGCGCUGUCGACGGACAUGGUGCACGCUGUCACAGAUCCAGCAUCUGCCGGAAAGGUGGUGGAGCCCGACCCCAACCACACGCUGGAGGAGAGGGUUGUCCACUGGUAUUUUGGCCAGCUGGAUAAAAACUCUAGCGGUGACAUUGGAAAGAAGGAAAUCAAGCCAUUCAAACGUUUCCUGCGCAAGAAAUCCAAACCCAAGAAGUGUGUCAAGAAGUUUGUGGAGUACUGCGACAUCAGCAACGACAAAGCGCUGUCCCUGCAGGAGCUGAUGGGCUGUUUGGGGGUGACCAAGGAAGAAGGAGCCAAAACAGGAGAAGGUUUAUCUCCCAGUAAACUUCAUCCAUCAAAGAAACAAGGCUAAAACAUCAGCUGAGAGUCCCGCUUCCACGUGAAGAUUCUGCCCUCACCAACCGGCAAUAACGGAAACAAUAGUAUUUGCACUUUGUACUUUACGAAAAAUGUAAAUUCACUUUGUAGAAAUAAGGUAUUUAAACAGACUGCUGAAUCUGUGAAUGUUGUAGUUAGCUCUUUGUGUCCUGACAAGCAAAAAUGAUUUAACACAUACAAUGUAUGUGUCCUUUGAGUGUCUGAGUUGUACAAGUUGUUCAUGUUUGAUGUUUCAUAUUGUGCCCCUUUUCUCUGUGGACUUUUUCCCUGUUGUGUUGAUAACUAUAAAACUGAUGUAUGGAUAGUUUGCUGACAGAACACACUCACUCAGAAUGUCUUUUCCUUAGCCUUGUAUGGCAGCUUGCAAGAAUGUUUCAAACACUAACCAUAAGAAAAAUGCUACGUCUUCCUACAUAUUAUUGUUUAUUAGUAAUAAAGAACUGUUUUAUACACAUUUUGUUUGUGCGUAUGUGUCUGGCGGACUGCUAAUUACAUCAGGUCUAAUCCAAUUA